ACACUGUCGCCUUGAUUAUCUUCAUUAGUUUUGUGUACAAGGCCGCAGAAUGUUCAUAUCUUAUUAUCAGUAAAAAUGAUUAAAAUUGUUGCUCUUAAUGAUGAAGGUGAAGACGAAUCUACAGAGGAAGAAGAACAUGUAGUUACACGGGAAGCUCAGGAAACAAUUGCUGAGAAUGAAUAUAUUCGCGCUAUUAAAUUAAAAUCUGAGGGACACAUCGAUUUAUGUUUAAACUUGCUUAAAGAAUUACUCCAAACUCAAGUAUUAAAUGAGAAUAUAAAAAGUAACCGAAGCGAUAAACUUUGGACUAUUAAGUACAAUUGUCAUAAGAACAUUGCUUUAAUAUUGGAAGAGCGUUCUCAGUACACGUUUGCGCUUCAGCAUUAUAUAUAUGCAAUCUUAAUUGACAGUACAGAUGUUUCCACAUUGCACAAAUUUGGUCAGUUAGCAUUAAAAUUGAAUGCUACGGAUUUAGCUGAAUAUGCUUUUGAAAAUUGCUUGGGACGGAAUUCGGCACAUUGGAGUGCUGCGGAAGGAAUGCUUCAGGUGAUGAAUAUCAAUCAUAACAUAAUGGGUUCAUAUCGUUGGGCCAGAAAAAUAUUUCAACAAGAUAUAAAUUGUGAUAAUGCAGAGGAAACUUUAAAAGAAAUAACAGUUUUAUUUAAAGAACAUUUAACAUUUUUAAAAAAAUGUGGUGGGGACCUGAUCACUCCUUUAUUUAAUAACAAUCAAUUACAAAGUACAAUUAAGUUUGCAAAACUGUUUAAUGCAAAUCAAUCUUUGGAAACAAACCAAAAAAACAUUUCUUAUCAAAUACCCGAUUUGCGGCAAUUUUCUAUUAAAAAAUCGAAUUGGCAAAAUGUAGGUCAAUUUAUUAUUAAUGUUCACUCCUAUCUAAAGGAAAUUGAAUACGAAGUGCCAUUCGUGUUUAAUUUCAACGAUGUAAUUAUUAAAGGUAAUGUUAAUUUAACAGACAUUAAAAAAGAUAUGUCGGAUACAGCAAUUUCCCAUGGGGACAAAAUAAAACAGGUUGAUGGAGAACAAAUAAAUAUUACAUGUGAUGAAAACCUAACUGACCAGUCAAAAAUUUCUAUAGCAGAAAAAACGGAUACCCAGUCUGUUGAUUUCAACAAUUAUGACUCAGAUUCAAAUGCCAAAUCAGAUAUAUGUGAAAACAAUAAAGCAAAAUCAAGGCGUCGUUGCAGUGACUUACAUUUUCUUGAACAGUGGGGUUGGCAUAAAAAUCGUAGAUAUUCAUCUCGAAAAAAAACUGAACGUGAUGAAGUAGAUUUAAGCCUCAAUGGAUACUUGCGAAAAAUUUUGAUAAACUAUACAAACACGCCAAUAGAAGACAAAUGGCCAUUUAGCAAUAUUUCAGAAAAUGGGAACCAAUUCGAUUGUAAUGAAUGUAAAACCUAUUUGUCUGAGGAUUCGUUUCAUUUAGCUACAAUUGAGGAAUUCAAAAAUUUCACCAUAAAAGUUAAGGAAAGGAGCAUUGACGUAAUCGAACUAACUUUUAAAUGGUUGAAAUAUAUAUCAUUUGCUUCAUUUCUGCCUAUGCCGGAUGACCUAAAAAUGCUUUAUAUCGACAUUUUCGAAAUAUACAUGUUACAUUUCAGUUUAACUACAUGGCAUCAGUUAAAACCUAAGAAUUAUGAAGCUUCUUAUCGGAUGUGUAUUCUUUAUUUGGAAUUAAGAAUGGAAAAUCUUUUAAUUGGUAACAGUGUAUAUUUUUACAAUUUUAGUGAUAUAUGGCAUGUUGUGUUUCAUCACCUACUUUGCAACAUUGGGAGCUGUCACAUAAUUGCUACAAAAAAUAUUGAUACUUAUCGCUUAAAACUUAUUUACCUGGAAUAUUUAAUGUUUAACAGGGAUCAUUGUAAUAAGGAAUGUCUUUCGUGUUUGCAACAAAUGUGUGAUAUUUUAGAACGAAAAGAUCAUUCUUAUAUAUUACAUUUACCGAAUUUGGGAAAAUCGUGUCUAAAUAUAAAUUAUGUCAAAAACCUCCAGUUAAAAUAUAAACGACAAAUGGAUGUUAGCAAUAUACCAAAAUUAUAUGAAGAGGGAUCGUGGGAUAAAUUGGCAAACAUCAUUAAAGUGAAUAUUGAAUCCAGUGGAAAUCAGUAUAGCAACGAAGGUUGGUUAAAAGAUUUUUGCGUACAAAUAGAAAUUCUUUUGCAAUCGCUUUGGAUUAUGGAGUCUUAUGAGGAUUGCUUGAUAUGGGCAGAAAAAUGUUUUCAUUUUGCAAUCUCAAACUAUUUGCAAGAAUCUAAAUCAUCAUACCGCUGUUCUCUAUUGGCACAAUUAAUAAAUUAUAUAACAUCUUAUAUGGAAGCAAUUAUUUUAAAUGAAGGAUUUCACAUUGUUGCUGUAUUAAGCAAGGCAAAUUUGUCUCGGAUGGUUCAAGAUGUAAUACGUAUUUUGGUUUAUCAAUUCGAUGGAACAUUCGAUAAAAAUAGUAAUCAUGGCCACGAAAUAAACUUUAAGAGGACUUGGGUUAUUUUGCACCGUCUUAUUUUAAGAGAGGAAAAUGAUAGCCCUAAUACACUCAAUGCUAAAACUGACGACAUACAAGACGUAAAUGAGUUAAUUCCAAAGUCGUUUUUAAUUUUGUUUACUGCUCAUGAAUACUUGGGUAAGCGCCAGUGGUGUACUAAUGAUAAUGGAGAAUUUCUACAAUACAUAUUAGAUGCUGUUGUGCUUAAUUUAAAAGCUCCCGUUUAUGAUGUUUGUCGAGAUGUCAUAUACGAAUAUCUUGAACAGGUUACUUAUUGCUUGUUUAAAUAUCCUCAAAAAAAGGCACGUUUAAGACAUUUAGAGGAUCAUGAGGCUUCUCAAAUAAAACUAUGUUGGCCAAAGGCAAUACAAGUUUUUGACUUAUAUCGACCAGAAGAUCUCCCCGAAUUCAACUCAUACAAGUUAGAAUCAAUAUCAUCGGAUAUGGAGCAACUUUUAUUAAAAAUUGUAUCACUGAUGCCAAAGGAGCUUGAUCCUUCAAAGUCCAUACAUUAUGUAACAAUGUUCAUUGAAGGACGUUGCGAAUCACCAACUUUGGAUGCAAAUGCUUUUAAGUUGCCAUAUAAAGUCUUAAGCUUAUAUUAUUUGCUGGCAGAUUUUUAUUUCAAAAACAGAGAUUUCAUUAAGGCAAUUAAAUUUUACACUCUUGAUUUGGCAGUUAAUCCAACGAGGUUUGACUCAUGGGCUGGCAUGGCUUUGUCUAAAGCAAGUAAAAUAGAAACGAAACUGAAUGGACUGGAUCCUAUAAGCAUGCAAAAUAUUUGGGAAGAGUGUGAAGAAGUUUUGCGUUGUUUCGAAUGCUGCAUCAAUUUAAACCGAUUUCAAACUCUUUUAUGGAUUGAGUAUGGAUCAUUCAGCUAUACAAUUCAUUCAUGUUUCUCCCGGUAUCUUAAAAAUAAUUCAAAAACUGAUGAAACGUAUGAUGUUAUAAAUGAAAGGAAAAAUAAGAUGCUCACAAUUGCUUACAACUGUUUUUCUUUUGCAAAUUCUUUGCAAAGUUCCACAACAUCUGGUAACAGUGAAGAUAAUUCUGACGCCAAUGACGAAAAAUGGUUGUGUCAAUAUAUGCUUGGAAAAAUAUCAGAGAAAAGGAAAGAGGAGCCGAAAAUCUAUUUAAAUUAUUAUUUAAUGGCGGCUAACCAUCUUUAUGAAAAUAGUGCAACUUAUCCUAUUAAAAUCAACCACAGCAAUCCCACCACGCUUUCAGUGGAAGCUUUGGAGGUUUUUUACCGUAUUAAUGCUGCUAUCAUUAAGUAUCUUCAAAGUGGAAAAGAAAUUACACGAUCAACAGGCGAUCUUUUCAAUAAGAUUUUGAAAAAUUUAUCGAACAGUCCCUUCGCAUAUAAUAAAGCAAAAAUUGAUGGAAAUUCUCUUAAUAUGUUAAAAGGAAAACUCGUAAACAAGUUUAAGCACCCUGUUAAUAAUAGCGCCAAGCAAGAAGUCCAUACAAUUAGUGACACUAUCAGCAAUGUGGAUAAUAUAAAAUCACAGGAGGAAACUAAAGAAAUUUCGAAAUGUUUAAAAAUUUCUCUGCAGGAGUUUUCUUCAGCAGUGCUCACAAGUAGUGGUACAUCUUCUGUUAUGUCAUCAGAUACUUCCAAUGUUGAAACUGAAUCUGAUUCCGAUGAAUCCAUAACUGAUAAUGAGAGUAACAGUCAUAUAAAAUCCGGUACACUUAAUAUAGAAGAAUUGAAACUUGUUUAUAGAAUGGUUGUUCAAAAUAUAGAGGAGUGUGCUACUCGAUUUCCAGAACACUAUAAAUCUAUUUAUCGUCUGGUAUACCAUUAUAUGAAUUCGCCGAUGGAAUAUUGCGAUCUUGCACAAAGUGAACAACUCUUACUUGGCCAAUAUAAAACCAGUUUGGGAAAUCUUGUAAAUGGAUUAUUUUACGACAGAAAAAAUAAUAAUUUAUUUAAUGGAAUAUGGCGUAUACCAUCAUCCGAAAUUGAUCGUCCCGGCAGCUUCUCAGCACAUCUGGUUAAAUGUGUUAAAAUUUUUAUUCAGUUGUUAUAUAAAACUAAUAAUCACGGUGUAUUAAUUGACAUUGCUAUGAAUUUAUAUAAAACUCCAGAUUUGGACAAGAGGUACAUUACGGAUGCUGAACGAAAAGAAUUAUGUCAACAAAGUAUAAAUUAUUCCAUAAAAAUUUUAAGAUGUAUCCUUCAAAGAAACGCUGAAAAACGCGAUGACUCUGAAAUUUUAAAUCUUCUAUUAGACGUGUAUAAAAUUCAUAAAAAGUGUGUUAAAUACAUGAAUCAAAAAGAGCCAAUGUUCGCAGAACUACUUAUAGACGUUUACAAAUGUUUUAUAAAAGAUAAAGUGGAAUAUGUUCCAGAUAGCUGCAAUUUUCUAGACUUAGCAAUUAAGCUAUGCGUACAGGAGAUAACUGCACAAAAAAAUAGUGAGAAAUCCAUUUACACUGAUAGUACUUCGAGUACAUCGGAUUAUAUUGUGUCGCUGUCAUCAACAACACAAUCAUAUUCCAAUUCUAUGGAUACGCCUGAAUUUCAAAAAUUAUUUGAUGAUUUUUAUUCUAAAAUGCUGCAUAAUGAGCUAAACGCAUGUUCAUCGGAUCAAUUACUUUUCCAGAAGUCAGUAAAUAACUUAGAAAAACCGCCCAUGCCUCCAAAUACUUCCAAUAGUGCAAGCAUAAUGUUACCACAAAAUCAGUCCACUGCACCGCAUGCGGCAUUAACAAAACCAUUAAUGUUUUUACCCACAACUAACGUUAGCGACAAUAAGCUUACUGUAUCCAAUGACGUUUUAUUUCAGCAUCAAUUAGGCUCUAAUAUUUCUAAGCAACAUCAGAAACCUAAAGCCUCACAAAAAAAUAAAACAAUGUUCAAACCUUACAAUCGUCCAGUUCCAUGUGAGACUGCUCACAAUACUUUAAAUGUUGAUCCUAGCAACUACAAAAUUGAUGUAUUUAAUAAUCACGCAAAUGUUUUAGCUGCAUAUUCUAAUUUACUCCAGAAUACAACUUUAACUCAAACCGAUGUUAAUAACAGAAACUUCGAAGCAAUUACAAAAAAAUCUAAAGUUAAUUCACCGGAAGCUAGCUCCAUGUCUACCAUUUCUAUAGAAGCUGGAAAUGUAACGCCGUACAUACCCUCUUCGAGUUAUAUAUCUACAAUGCAAUUGCGGAAUCAAUUUCAUCAUCAACAAAUUACGAAUUCUAAUAAUGUUAUUAGCCCAACAAAAACUUUGCAGGAAAAGUUAGCUGAAAAGCAAAAGGCAUGUCAGUUAAAUGAAACUAACACAGCAUCGACAGUUGUGAUCGCAAAAGAAAAGUUGUGUGAUGAUGUAAUUGUGUUAGACUAAAAUUAAAUAUGUCUAUAUAUGUACGCGUACUUAUGUAUUGAUUAAAAAUUACAAGGAAUAUUAACUAUAUAAUGCUAUUUUUGUCUUUUUAUUUUAAUACAGAUAUAAUAUUCCUGUAAAUAAAUAUAAGUAGACUUUUGAAACCGA